AGACAGCCUGGAAGAUAAUUAUGAAGUUUAUAUUAUAUUUACGUGAGAGCCUCAACGUAAUCAGUAAACCAAAUUUACCAUUUAAUUGACAGAAUGCGCAGAUUUGUAGCCGGCAAGGCGGCAAAGAAAGAACUGAAACAUGAACAUGACAGUAUGCAUUUGAUUCUUAAGCGAAAGUGUUAUUUUCUCUGCGUCCGAUAUCAAAUUGUGAGAGCACUAAAAAUAAAAAUACAAGAAGAAAGAACUUAGCUUGGCUUGGCUAUAAAAGUAAUGUUAAAAAUAAACCACGUAAAUAAACAAUAGAGGUAAAAUUAACAUCGACGUUGUUUUCAAAACAAAACAAAAGUUUAUGGUGGAAUGUUAUCCGAUCCAGUUCAGUACGCGCCUGUAUUGUUUUGGUUUGGUUGGUCGCAUAUUUUUUAAGGAAACGUCAAAUUUGUAGUGUCAAGUCAUGUCAACCUCGGCGCAAUUUAGAGUAUUUAGUGUUAACAAAAUGGAUUCUUUAGUGGGGAACGUAAAGAGUAAACACAUUGACAUGGGAUCCCCCAUUUUAAAGUCCAUUGAUCCAAACAUAAAUAAUGAUAAGUCUAGCCAAAAAAAACAUGCCUCUGGAGAUAAUCAAAGAACUGAUAUUCAAGAAGGACUAUUUUCACUAAACCUAAAUGCAGAUGUAGAUAAUGAAUCAAGGAGUGUUUUACUUCUGGAUGAUAAAGAAAAUCUUCGGAUACAUUCAGAGGACGGUUUUUUAAAAGCAUUAAACAUUAAGCCACACGAGAAAAUCAAAGUUGUCUCUAUAUUUGGAAAUACUGGUGAAGGAAAAUCCUACACGAUGAAUAAAGUGUUUUUCGAUGGGGAAGAAUGUUUUAAAACUUCUAUGUCACAGACUUCUUGUACAUUGGGAGUAUGGGCAAUGUACAAUCCAAAAUAUAAUGUUAUUUGUUUGGACACAGAAGGAUUUCUAGGUAUUUCUAAGAGGGAGAAUCAACGCACCCGCCUUUUACUCAAAGUUAUGGCAGUAUCGGACGUUAUUAUUUAUAGGACAAGAGCGGAAAGGCUGCAAAGGGAUAUGUAUACAUUUCUAGGUUCAGCUUCUACCGUUUACAAGGAACAUUUUAGUUCUGCGUUAAAAAAGGCGUUGGCGAAAAAGGAGACUGAAGCUUUUUCUGGUGCUAUUGGUCCAGGGGUCGUAAUUUUUCAUGAAACAAGACACACUGAAACCUUACAAGAUAGCGCAAACGUAACUCAAUCCGCUGAAGAUAUUCUUAGGGCUACUUUCGGCGAAUUGAAUCUCUCUUACGAUGCAUUUAGUUUUUUGAAGUACGUUGGCGUAAAAACAUCCGGUGGUGAGACACAUUUCGAAGACUUGAAAGUUACUUUGUUAGAUAAAUUAGAAAGCACCGAGGUUAGAACUAGGAGGGAAGCCAAGUACAUUUAUUUAACCCUAAAAAGCUUGAAUGAAAAAUUUCAAAAUAAAAUCUCAAAUAACACUCCACAAUUAUAUUUACCGGCGUUUUUUACUUGUACGGACAAAUGCCAGUCUUGUAAAAGCAGUUGUAAUCUGUCGAUGGGUCACAAGGAGGAAGGCGAAGCUCACCAAAGCGUCCAAGAUUGCUUGUUUCAACACCAAUACCAGAAUUUUGUAUACUUAUGUAAAGCAUGUUAUAAAAAUGGUCGAAGAACUGUUGUAAAACCGAGGUCAAUGACUGACAACUCUUGGUCGAGUUAUUUCAACUACGUCUGGUCUGGCUUUGUUAUAGAUUGUCCAAAGUGUGGUGAAAUUUAUAGAAGUAGACAGCACUGGUAUGGAAACAAAAAUCCCGAAGAGAGUGCAGUAUUAAUGGAAGUAGUUCAUAUUUGGCCAGGGGACAAAAUGUAUUUUCAGGAGCGGUCUCUGUUUGGGUCACAGAAUUCCGCCCAGAAGGUCCUAGACGGCGUCACCAUGUUCACUGAUGUCAUUUCUACAGUCGGUUAUCAGCCGAAAAAAAUGAUAAGCGAUUGGGCAGCUGAUAAAAUAGCUCCAAGUUAUUGGAGGCCUAAUAAUGAGAUUAAGGAAUGCUUUAAAUGUAAAACCACCUUCAUCCCGCCAGCCAAGAAACACCAUUGCCGUUCGUGCGGUGAAGGCUUUUGCGAAGGAUGUUCCUCGAAACGUCAACCAGUCCCUUCUAGGGGGUGGUUCGAGGAUGUACGAGUAUGUGACAAUUGUUAUACCGAGCAGCCUCCGACGUUGUCGAAUCCUGGCGAUACGGCGGAAAAUAGGGCACGACAAAUCGGCGAAAGUGUUAUUAACUCGAUCUCCGUGGUUAAAUCCGUAUUAGACAUACCUGUGGAAUAUAUAAAGGAAUCCGCGAGGCCGACCUAUUGGACACCUGAUAACGAAUGUAUACAUUGCUGGGUUUGCAAGAAACCUUUUGAUGCGUUAAGGGCGUUACACCACUGCAGGGAAUGCGGCAAAGGCGUUUGCAACGAAUGCUCAGGCUCCAGAAAACCGGUGCCUCUCAGAGGAUGGCCCAGUCCUGUCAGGGUAUGCAAUUAUUGUCGAUGAUAGGUAAACGAGACAUGAAAGAAGGCUGACGGUACCUGGUGGCCAAUUGUAGAACUAAAACUCAAAUUUAAUUAUGAUAUAAAUGUUAAAUAUCAUUUGUCAAAUCCAUUUUGUACCUGUGACAUAUAUUUUAUUCAUAUUCGUUGUUAAUACAAGGAACUAAAGAAAACCGUUAUUUGACAUUUCUGUUUUCUAAAAUCGAAUUUAUUGUUUUUCUGGUCGCAAAGGGGUACCAUUUUAAGUUUGUCUCUGUAGAGGUGCCAUCUACAAUGGUUUAAUAAACUGAUUAUGUUGGUAGAAUGAUUGUCGGGUGGGAAGGCAUGAUUUUAGUCUUUCUUAAUAUUAAUAAAACAAUCAAAACGUAAUGAAUAAAAAUCUAAAGAUUAAUUAACUAGGUAAUAAAAUAAAUUUAAUGUAAUGCACCUCGAAUGCAAAAAAAGUUCAUAAUAAAUCGCCAUUAGCGGAGUUCGAGAAGUGGACUCCUUUUACUCUUAUCUAAGUUCACGUCAUAUAAUUACAAUGAUUUGGCAUGGACUGACGUUAGAAAUGGAAAAUAGGCAAAGGAAAUCACCUCGCGAACUCAACUCCAAUAUAGCGUUUCAAAAUAUAACGUAUGUCAAAUGAAAGCCAAAUAAUGGUGUUCCAUGAUGAUGAAGCAAAUUUUACUACAGUAAAUUUACGUGUGUCCUUUUAUUCAACUGUUGUAGCAAUGUUGGGAUAGGUGCAGUAUCUUCUCGUCUAUCAGUGAUGAACUUUUUAUUUAAUGCUUACUGCAAUUGAUGCAAUAUCAGUUUCACUAUAUGAUUUUUCCAAUUAGAUGUGACAACUGACAGCUGAAUUGGGGAGUUAAUUAUUUAUUUGUUCGAUUAUGAUUAUUGGAAAAAUCAAAGACAUUACAACUAAGAGACCAAAUUGUUUACAUUUUUAUGUGGCAAAUCAUUAUUCCCUCCAGAUUCUCGUUUAUUGCGUCUUUGCCGGUUUUAUCAGUCUAAAAAUUAUUUGGAGAAAUUGUAGGUAAAAGAACUUUUAAAACUAGCUUUUAAAAAUCUAGGCAAUCUAAGUAUGGAUUUAAAACGAAUAUUUAGGUUAUGAACAUCAGUUCUAAAUGUUAAUUUUUCAUGCAAGUAUGGAGGUGUCCCCUUAUUAAAUAAUUUUUGACUACAAGCAAAAUGUAAAUUUCUUCUAUUAACCAUAUUUAACCAUUUAGUUUUUCUAAAUUUAAUAGAAAUGUGAUCAUAUUUACGAAUUCCAAAUAUUAACCGUACACAAGAAUUCUGCAAUUUUUUAAUUCGUCCAGACUCGAAAAUGUUUAAACAAGGACCAUAUACAAUAUCACAAUGAUUAAAGUUUGAUAAAACUAGUGAAUCACAUAACAUUUUUUUUACAUCUGGUGAUAAAAAAUAUCGUUGCGCAUAUAUUAGUUUCAAACUUGCAUAAGACAAUUUUAAUUUUGAUGUAAUAUGUUGUUCAAACUUCAAUUUUGAAUCUACAGUAAGUCCUAAGUUUUUACAUUGCGUAACAAUUGGGAUAAACGCGUCAUUAAUUUUUAAUAAUGUCGCGGAGUUUACGGAAUCCCUAAUUGACUCAUUACAAAAAAUCAUUGCUUUGGAUUUUUUAGGAUUAAUUUUUAGUGAAUCAUUUUUAAAUACAUUAAAGAUUUCAUUUAAAUCAGAAUUAAUAUGCUGUAUAAAUUCAUUUAAAUUGGAGUACUUAAAAGAAUAGUAUAAUUGGGUGUCAUCAGCGUAUAAAUGAUAAUUGCAGUAUUUAAGUAUACUUGGAAAUUGUGAGGUAUAGAGAGUAAAUAAUAAAGGGCCCGAAAUACUACCUUAAGGUACACCAGAUGUAAUCUCCAACGGUGUGGAAGACAUAUUAUCUAUUUGAACAAUUUGUUUUCGCUGGUAAAGAUAUGAUUUUAAUAGAGACACGGAUGUAUUAUUAAAUAUAAAAAACUUCAACAUGCUUUCAACAAAGCUUUCGAGAAAUCUAAUAGUAUUAAGAUUGAAAUCUUGUCCUUAUCCAUGGCUCUAUUCAAAUCAUCUAUAACAUCCGCUAGAGCUGUGGCACAGCUGUAGCCUGACCUAAAACCAGAUUGUUUGCUAGGUAAUAUAUUGUUGUUUUUCAAAAACCCUCUCAUUUGAAUUUCCAUUACUCUCUCUAAUAUUUUGAAAAAAAACUGGUAAAAUACUAAUUGAUCUUAAAUCACUGUAUUCUUCAGGUAAAGUUACUUUUAGUAAGGGCAAAACUUUAGCGAAUUUCCAUGAUUCAGGAAAAUAACUAUUUUUUAAGCAUUCAUUAAUAAUGUGUGUAAUAAUGGGUAAUAGAAAUGGACAACAAAAGUGUAAAAUGAUAAUAUUAAUAUCAUCCAUUCCGUAAGCUUUAGAUUUGAUAUUGUAAAUAAUAUUAUUGACAACAUCUUCGGAAACAUCAUUAAAAUAAAAAUUUUCAGUAAUAUUUUCUUUAAAAUUGUUAAGGUAAAAAUGUUGUAAAUCUAUUUGUAUAGCAGAGUUAUUAAUGUUUGAAGUAAAAAAUUUGUUAAUGGCAUUAACAUCUUUUAGGUUUGAAGGUAGGUCAAUUUUUUUUGUCUCGAUAUAUUGAGUUUUUUUAAUUCUGACCAUUUUUCCUUAAUAUUACAAGUUUGAAAUUUAAAAUUUAAGUAAGCCCUUUUUUCUGCUUUUAUAGCUGUUGUUGUGUAGUUUCUUAAUUGUUUAUAGUAAUCCCAAUGCGUUGGAAGUUGUGUUCUGCGAAAUCUCUAAGCCUUUGCAUAUAAAUAAUAUUUUCAGUAAUCCAAAGAGAAUGUUUAAUUAGUUUUCUAGUUUUUUAUUUUUUUGGAGCAUGUAUAUCUAAAACUGUAAUUAUGUAGCUAUUUAAAUGAUUUUGAAAAUGUGCAUGAUUAAUCUUUGUAAGUGAACUAUAUUCUACUUUAAAGUCGUUUUGAGGUACAUUAUAAAAAUUUUUAAAUUUGCAGUUUAUUGCUGAAUGAUCCGCAACUAGAUUAUGAUUAACAAAUUCUGCACAGAAAUUGAUAUUAAUAUUAGUGUAGUUACCGUAACCAGCCGCAACGUUGCCAAUUGGGUCUAACAGCUAUUUUGUGUUUCUGACAGUUUCUAUGUGACAUUGAUUUAUUCAUUUAUAAAAUACUAUUUUUGUGAACUUUUGUGAGAAAUAUAAAGAAUUAUGGUACAUGCAUGUGUGUAGUCCAUUUAAAAUAACGGUAAAAGGUCGAGAAACGCCGCACUUGACGAGACCACUUGUCCCCUACGUAUUUUGGGGCGCUGAUUACGAAAAUGAGUGUUAAAACUGGCAGCAGUGGUUGGAAUACCCCUAAAAUUGCAAAAAACACCCAUAAAUAGGGAUGUUUUUAGACUAUACUUGUUUUGCAAACUCAUCUCAUAUGUUUUUUGGGGCGCUGAUUACGAAAAUCGGGGUUAAAACUUGCAGCAAUGGUUGAACCACCCCUAAAAUCCACCGUUUGGGAGGAGUGUUUCUGGCAUGUGUCACACAAAUUUUCCAGUCUCGACACCCCGAUUUUCGAAAUCGGCGACCCAAAAAACAUAUGAGAUGAGUUUGCAAAACAACAAGUACAGUCGAAAAACACCCCUAAUUAGGGGUGUUUUUUGCAAUUUUAGGGGUGGUUCAACCAUUGCUGCAAGUUUUAACCCCGAUUUUCGUAAUCGGCGCCCCAAAAAACAUAUGAGAUGAGUUUGCAAAACAAGUAUAGUCUAAAAACAUCCCUAUUUAUGGGUGUUUUUUGCAAUUUUAGGGGUAUUCCAACCAUUGUUGGCAGUUUUAACCCUCAUGUUCGUAAUCAGCGCCCCAAAAUACGUAGGGGACAAGUGGUCUCCUCAAGUGCGGCGUUUCUCGACCUUUUACCGUUAUUUUAAAUGGACUAUAAGGUAGAUCAUUUAAAUCGAAAUUUAUUCUUUCAUCGGUAAGUAUUUUUAGGUUAAGAUAUGUUGUUUUCAUUUGAACCAGUGGAGUAGGGCACCCGUCUUAAGACUGUUUUGACUAUACAAUUUCUUGUACAAAAUUUGAUACAAUUUCUUAUAGAAUUUAAAUUGUAUAGGAUCACAUAGUAAAUUGUUUGAAAAAUGAUUAUCCAAUAUAAUUUUUCAGACAAUUUACUGCAGGUUUGAUAAUAUACAAUUUAAAUUGUACAAGAAAUUGUAUCAAAACCUUGUGUAGUCUAAAACAGUCUUAAAACAGUUUUUAAUAUUCUAUUUAGGUUUCCGAAAGAUCCUGAGAAAAGAAAACUUUGGUUUUCUCUAGUAGGGAUCCUUGAAAAUCAGCCCCUUCGUAAAAACCCAGAGUUUUGAUACGUGAAAAUAGUACUAAAUAUAUCAGAAAAGAUACUAAAAGAAUAUACCUACUUAUUUACAUAUUUUUUUUAACAUACUACUCUUAUAAUACUUGUAAGUUUAAAACUCUACGCCACUGUCGAGCAUAUUAUGGACACUGUUUACAACGUUGCCAGCCGGUCCUAAGAGAUCUGUUUUUCUCUCUUCCACUCACUAACAAUUUUAAAACAAUAACAGUCCACAAUUGUAUCGGAUUUAUGAAUGAAACAUUUUGUCUCUAUGUUGUAAUGUCUUUGGAAAAAAUAGACUUUUAGAAUAAAACGUACUUUUAAAUUAAGGUACAUACAUUAAAGUAAAAUUAUAAACACAAAUUUUAAUUAACACACCUGGACAGGGAUUCUUAUGUGCGUACAUAACAUGUAAUGAAUUGAAUAGGGAGAGACAUUACAUACAAAUCGCAUUCUGCGGAACGAAGAUAGUUGUCUCAACACGUGCAAUUUUGAAAGAUGAGAAUCCCAAUGCAGAUCUGUCAACUGUUUGGUUAGUGCCAACAAAAGUUCAGAACCGGUCAGAACUUGACUGAGUUUGUAUGAAAGCUAUUUAGAAAAUUCAGACUUGAUAGUGUAGUGUUCCAACAAUGAAUGGUGUUCCAAAUUGAUUACGAAUCGUUCGUAAAGAUCUAGGAUUUAACAAGAACUUUAAAUUCUAAAUCAGUUUAACAUAUUUAACCUCACUUUAUUUUGAUUAUAUUUUUAUAUAAAGAAUUAAUAAUCGAAGAAGCGAUUUUUCUGAUUUGGCACGGUUAACAAACGAAAUUGAUGAACAUAGAGAAUUUUUGAACAAUAUUGUUAAAAUAUGACAACAAUAAAAAUUACUUAGAGAAAUUAUAGCUUAAACAGAAAAAUCUAGAAUAAAACAACUGAAACUAGUUAAAUACCAUUCAAAAUACGUAGUUCUGCUUAAAAAAUACUAGAAAACGUGUUUAAGUGCCUGAAUGUAGUUUUUUACAUUCUGCAUUUAGUAGAAAUAUAAUAAAAAUCCUAAUGUUUUCUAAUAUUGUUUUUAUUUUAUAAGUUAGAAUAAACAAAGUUAUCAAUCGGUACUAAAUCAUUCCAACGUUAGUAAAAUCAAUUCUAGAACUAUAAGUUCGCGAUUGUAUUCUAAAUAAAAUGAAUCAAACACAAGACGUAUAACGUCGCACGGGUAAAACAGCAAUUCCAACAACAAAAAGGACACACGGUUUGAUUUAAAACUAUUUUGUUAUUAAUUCCGAAAGAUUUUGCAAAAGUUUGGCAUGCCAUGAAGAAUUAAAAAAAAAAAAAAAAAAAUGCGGCCUUCCCGCUCUCUUUGUACGGAUUGCAAUAUUCUAGUUGAGAUUUUAUAAUUUAUACUUUUUUAAAAAGUUAUUGAUUUAUCACUAUGUUAACUAUUUUAAUAAAUUUGUAAAAUAUACAAGUUGCUUUUAAGAAUAUUUUGUUAUGCUCAAUUUUGUAUUUUAAUUCUAAUAAAUGCAUUGAAACUAUAAG